AUGUCUAUUGCAACUGUCCAGGCGGAGGGGCGAGUGAUGGGUCGUCGCUUUUUUUUAACCUUGGUGAUUGGGAUAUCGGCUGGGUUUAGUUUCGCGUACAUCCUACUAACAUCCGCUGGUCUCUCGAGAGACGUGGCCUGGACGUACAGGGAAUCGUCCAGAGACCUGGAGAGACAUCCCAUAGUGAAUGUAGUGGAACAUGGAAGUGAAGAACCAGCCCACCGUGAUGAAGAUCGUUCCGUCGCUGAUGAGCUGGCGAAGAGAGUCAGGGUCCUGUGCUGGGUGAUGACGCAGCCCAGCAACCAUGAACGGAAAGCGAGGCACGUUAAGGCGACGUGGGGGAAACGCUGCAAUAAGCUUCUCUUUAUGAGUACGGUGGAAGAUAGUUCCCUGCCGACUGUCAAACUGCCGGUCCACGAGGGUCGGGACUAUUUGUGGGCGAAAACAAAGGCCGCCUUCAGAUACGUCUACGAACACCACCGGAGGGAUGCCGAUUGGUUUCUCAAAGCUGACGAUGAUACAUACGUAGUGGUUGAAAAUCUCCGAUAUAUGCUAGCUGAUCAUUCCAGUUCUGAUCCUAUUUACUUUGGCUGCAGAUUCAAGCCGUUCACUUCGCAAGGCUACAUGAGUGGCGGUGCCGGCUAUGUCUUGAGUAGCGCAGCCCUCGAGCGCUUUGUCAACAAAGGUCUACCGUCUCCACAUCUCUGCAAAGCGAGCGAUCAUGGCGCUGAAGACGCUGAAAUGGGUAUAUGCCUGGAACACAUCGGUGUCAGAGCGGUGGACUCUCGUGACGCGUUACAUCGAGGCCGUUUCUUCCCUUUCGUUCCCAAGGAUCAUUUAUUCCCGAAUAAGGACAGGAGUUUUUGGUACUGGAAGUAUAUCUACUAUCCGUCAGAUGAGGGCCUCGACUGUUGUUCAGACCACGCCGUCUCCUUCCACUACGUAGACCCUCAACAGAUGUACGUCCUGGACUACCUGAUAUACCACCUGCGACCCUACGGCAUCAGAUACGGCGGUGGGGACGCAGCCCACACCCACACGUCGAGAAUCGAUUCGUCACAAGACGUGGUGAAUGGAACCAGCUAA